AUGUUGGUGAGUUGGAGUGACUCGGACUAUGUAUCUGACAAAGCGAACCUCGAGUCUGUGACAGGAGGGGUUCCGACCAUGGAAGAUACUGUUGUACAAUGGAUGUGCAAAAAGCAAACCGGGGCGUGGCUUCCGAAGAUAAAGGCCGAGUUUGUGUCGGCCUCGCGCAUUGGACGGGAAUCACUGGGCUUAACAGAGCUGGUAAGCGCGAUUGGUUUUCGAGUGAAGAAGCCUAGUUGA